AAUUAAAAUUACGUUAUAAAAAAACUCGUAUAACCAGAGGCUGAGACGAUCGGUGCGGUGACAAUGGGUGCACGAGUGCAGCUAAACCGGUGGCAACAGGCUGCAGUUGCAUUUGGUUCAGCGAUUGGUGCAUUGUUGGACCCAAGAAGAGCAGAUUUAAUAGCAGCUCUUGGAGAAACAACUGGUAAGCCUGCGUUUGAAAGGGUUCUUGAGAGGAUGAAGAGGAGCCCAGAAGGCAGAGCAGUACUCUUGGGGAGACCACGUGUCAUAUCUGCAGAAGUUGCGCAUGCAUGGGAUUUGCCAGAAAACACAUUUGGUGCUGCCUAUGCAAGAUUCAUGGGAUCCAGGAACUUUUCCCCAGAUGACCGCCCCCCAGUGCGGUUCAUGGACACAGAUGAACUAGCAUAUGUGGCCAUGAGAGCUCGCGAAGUGCAUGACUUCUGGCACACCUUAUUUGGCCUUCCCACCAACCUAAUUGGUGAAUCGGCGCUCAAGGUGAUAGAGUUUGAGCAAAUGUAUCUUCCAAUGUGUCUAAUGUCUGUGGUAGGUGGCACAGCAAGAUUUAGUGAGAAGCAGAGGAGAUUGUUCUUCAAUCACUACUUGCCAUGGGCUGUCCGAGCAGGAAUGCAGUGCACGGAUCUCAUGUGUGUAUAUUAUGAGAAGCACUUUCACGAGGAUGUUGAUGAUGUCCGUAGAAAAUGGGGUAUAAUUCCUGCCCCUGCCCCUGCUGUCUGAGCAAGACGUAGCCUGGUCGACUACUAUUGCAAUUGGCUCACCAGAGAGGUUGUGCAUCAAUUUUCUGAUUUCCUUGCUAUAUAUCUCAUUGUUUCAAAGUACGUACAGACAAAGGUUAUUUGUUUAAGGUAUGCACGGAUGCUUCAUCAUCCAUUGAGAUUGGUUGAAUCCAUUUGUAAAUUUACAGCAGACCAAGCACCACAAAAUAUUAGUGCUCAGCAAGCAUUUUUAUAACAAAAUUUCUGUUUUCUGUUUC